UAGGGGGUUAGUGGGUGGGUUUCGCGAGGGUGGGAGGAGGGACAGGGGUGGGUUUUCGAGGGUGGGAGAGGGUUUGUCGUCGGAUUCCGGGGAUGGGGAGGGGUUGUCGGGGUUGAGGGCGAUAAUCCGACGAGGGUGGGGUGUGGGUAGGGUGUUUUCCGGGAUGGGGUAGGGGCUACUGUUUUGAUUUUUUUGGUUCAUUUAGUUUUUUUUUUUUUGAAUUAAUUCUUUUUAGUAUUUAUUUUUUGAAUUAUUAUUUUACCAAUCUCGUGUUGACACGUGGAUUGUAACCUAAAGUAAUAGGUUUGGUGACCUGUUGGGAUCUUUAAAAGAAAAUAUGUAUCAAAGUUGGGAUUUUUGAGGGAUAAUGCAUAGUUGAGAUUUUUCAUCGUAAAUCGCCCAAAGUUGGGAUUUAUAAACUCAAAUUUUCCUAUAAGAUUUUAGUAAGCUUGAAAACCGUCUUCGAACCAGAGUUUUCCCCUUUUUCUGGGUACACAUAACAAAGUACCACGACCGAACAACAAUUUAAUUCGGUAAAAAGUAGAAGGAACAAGCGGCAUACCUUCUCUUCUCGUAGCUACGUUCUAUCUGUCUUCAAUUAUUCUAUUUCUAUAAAGAUCAGAUCAGGCGUGCUCAAGGCUUUUUUCUACCCAAUCCUAAGUAGUGUACACUUCCUAAAAAGAUAAAAUUAAAAAAUCCUAAGUAUUCUACACCUACGGACCUUCCUAUAAGUAGUGUACACUCCAAAUUUCACAUAAUUUAUUUUGCAAGUCAAACUACUCUGUUAUAAAUUGCUUCAAACAAAUACCCUAACCAACCGUUCUUUCUUUCCCUUAUCCGACGUUAAAUCCCUCAAAUUUCCAUCCUGUCUAAACAAAUAAAACUAUGGAAGGUAAAAAAGAAUUGCCGGCAAUAGGAAUCGAUCUCGGGACAACAUACUCUUGUGUUGGAGUAUGGCAGCACGGCCGUGUUGAAAUCAUUAUCAAUGAUCAAGGAAACAGAACGACACCAUCUUGUGUUGCUUUCAAUCAAACCCAGCGUCUUGUUGGCGAGGCUGCUAAAAAUCAGGCUACUUCUAAUCCUAUUAAUACUAUUUUUGAUGCAAAGAGGCUUAUUGGCAGAAGAUUCACUGAUGAAAUAGUGCAGAAUGACAUGAAACUCUGGCCUUUUAAGGUUAUUUCUGCGUCUGAAGACGACAAACCUGUUAUUGUAGUCACCUAUAAGGGCGAAGAAAAGGAAUUUUCUGCAGAGGAAAUCUCUUCAAUGGUCCUAAUGAAGAUGAAACAGACUGCAGAGACCUACCUUGGCUCAGAAGUGAAAAAUGCUGUUAUCACUGUCCCGGCUUAUUUCAAUGAUUCCCAGCGUCAGGCAACAAAAGCUGCCAGUACCAUUGCUGGACUCAAUGUCAUGCACAUUAUCAAUGAGCCAACUGCUGCUGCCAUUGCCUAUGGUCUAAACGAUAUGAGCAAUGAUAGGAAAGACAUGGCUAAGAACGUGUUAGUUUUUGAUCUUGGCGGUGGGACAUUUGAUGUAUCUUUGGUCAGAAUUAGUAAACAGGCUUAUGAAGUGAAAGCUGUUAACGGAGACACUCAUUUAGGUGGUCAGGAUUUUGAUAGUAGAAUGGUUGACUACUUUGUGUCUGAAUUUAAGAGGAAACAUAACAAGGACAUCAGUCAGGAGCGCAGGGCUAUUGGGAGGUUGAGAUAUGCUUGUGAGAGGGCUAAAAGGAUGCUUUCAUCAGCUACUGAGACUAGUAUUGAUGUAGAUUGUCUCUACGAGGGUAUUGAUUUUUAUUCAACCAUCUCCCGUGCCAAGUUUGAAAAGUUGAACCUGGAUUUGUUUAAAAAUUGUAUAAAUCCUGUUAAGAGAUGUUUGGAAGACGCCAAUAUGAAAAAGGGUGAUGUUGAUGAUGUUGUUCUUGUUGGUGGGUCAACUAGAAUUCCAAAAGUUCAAGAAUUGUUGAAAGAUUUUUUCAAAGGGAAGGAACUUUGCCAAAGCAUUAACCCGGAUGAGGCCGUUGCAUAUGGUGCUGCAAUUCAAGCUGCAAUCUUGAGCGGUGUACGUAACAAUAAAGACUUCACACUAGUAGAUGUUACUCCUUUGUCCCUUGGGGUUAGGCUUUAUUAUGGUGAAAUGAAUAUUGUGAUCCCGAGAAAUUCUACCAUUCCAGUGAAAAUGUCAACUAUUCUUUUCACUGCUUAUGAUGGUGAGACAACCGUUCCAUUUAGUGUAUACGAGGGUGAGAGACCUAUCGCUGAAGACAACAACUUCUUAGGUACAUUUACUCUGUACGAUAUCCCUCCAGCACCGCAAGGUCAAGAAAAAUUUGAUGUUUGCUUUGAAAUCGACAAUGAUGGUAUCCUUACUGUGUCAGCGCAGCAUAUAGGCACUGACAACAAAAAACAAAUCAGUAUUGCAAAUCACAGUGGUAGGUUAUCCAAAGAAGAGAUUGAUCGGAUGGUAGAGGAAGCCAACAAUUACAAGGCAGAGGACGAGCAGCACAAAAAAGCUGUCAACGCAAAGCUUGCAUUACAGAAUUAUGCUGAAAGUAUGUUGGACAUGGUGGAAGUUCGCUGGAACAAGUUUCGAGAGUUUCUGAAUAAGAGGAAAAGUUGAAUGAACUCAAGACAAUUCUCGGCCUUAUAAUUUGGAGACAUGCCUUGACAAAGGUGCUGCUAUCAGCUAGAGAUAUUUCAUGUCAUUACUCGUUAGCUACAGGUUUCUAAAUUAUACACUUAACAUGCAUGUAUAAUCUUAGCUUUUGUCUAUGGUCGUGUAACGGUGUAACAAAUUAAUUUCAGAUUACAAAUUAUUUUUGUGAAAAUAUGUUUUUGGUCUUUUUAGAUUGAAUUGACAUUUAACAAGACUUAAUUACUUUAUA